CUUGCUCCUUCGAUAGAUCUCGUCCUCCUGUGCCAUUCGACACUUUCGCAUCUCGGCCUGUAUGCAUACGCACGCGCCAACUGGGGCCUUGUUGCUCCUUGCUACGCAACGCUGCCCGUGGCCACGAUGGGACGACUGACGACCCUCGAGGCCGUGCAGUCGCUGAAUGGCGAGAUGGAUGUGGCCAAAAGUGCUUCUGAGCGGCAGUACAUUCCGACGGCGGAGCAAGUAGACACUGCCUUUGACGACAUUGUGACUUUGCGAUAUUCACAACCGACUCAGCUCGAAGGGAAAUGCGCGGGUCUGACUUUGACGGCAUACGGAGCGGGUCACACACUGGGAGGAGCCAUCUGGAAGCUGAGAAGUCCAUCUUCGGGCACGCUGCUAAUCGCCCUCGACUGGAACCACACAAGAGAAAGGCACAUUGAUGGCACCGCGCUAGUAGCAACAGCAUCUACCCCGUCUUCCAUCCCAGGUGGUCCUUCGGGUGCGGCAGGAGAGGGAGGAGGAGUCAUGGAAGCCGUUCGCAGGCCUGACCUGCUCAUCACCUCCAUCUCCAGAGCAACACACAUCAAUGCUCGACGAAAAGACAGAGAUGCCGCUCUGGUCGAUGUCAUCCACAACACCAUCCGAUCAGGUCGGUCUGUGCUGAUGCCGGUGGACGCCUCGGCUCGUCUCCUCGAGCUCCUAGUGCUUCUCGACCAACACUGGGCCUAUGCAUACCCUACUGCUCGCUUCCCAUUAUGCCUCGUCAGCGCUACUGGACGCGAGGUCAUCGAAAGAGCACGGACAUUGAUGGAGUGGAUGACAAAGCAGUGGGCGACCAAGGGCAAAGAAGGAGAUGAUAACACCGACGAUCGAGCCAACAAGGGCCGCAAGGCGGGUGGCAGCGGUGGUCGAGGAGGCCAGGCAGCACAUCAAGCACCUUCGUCACCCCUCGAUUUCAAAUAUCUUCGCGUCUUCUCAUCGAUGAAGGCCAUGGAUGAUGUCUUGGCCCAGUCGGACGCGAAAUUGGUGCUGGCGUGGCCGCCCAGCAUGGCCUAUGGCCCCUCUCGCAAGCUCUUUGCCCGGAUGGCCUCCAGCGAGCGCGACGUGGUCCUUUUGACCUCGAUGGGCGAGCCAGGUACCCUAACGAGGUGGCUCUGGAAUCAUUGGGAGGGCGGUCAAGACCAAGGGGACAAGUGGGGACGAGGGAAAGUCGGCAAGCCCAUUGAUGUGCGAGAUGAAGUCGAGGUCGAAAUCAAGAGCAAAGUCUUUUUGGAAGGUGACGAGCUCCAGGCUCACCUCGAUGCUCAGCGAAUUGCCAAAGAGAAAGCGGAGCAGCAACGUGCUUUGCUGGCUAGAAGUCAUCGGCGACUGGAGGCCGACGAGGAGGACGUCGACUCGGACGAUUCAGACUCGGAAGGCGAGUCGAUUGACGAUGGAGAAGGAGGCGGUGACGGGCAACAGAAGGUGCUGAGCUCUUCAAAGAUGCUUAAUGGAGACGUCAUGGGAGGAGCAGGGGAUGGUGAAGGCGGAGCAGGUGGCGAUGAGCUCUCCUUCGACAUUUACCUCAAAGGAAAUGCCCAGAGGGCGACGUCCUUCUUCGGCUCUUCGGGCGCAUCAGGAGGUCUUCAGCGCUUCAGGAUGUUUCCCUUGGUCGAGAAGAGAAAACGCGUCGAUGCAUAUGGCGAGACACUCGACGUCGGACGAUGGCUCUCACGGAGACGCGAGCUCGAGGCUGAAGCCAAAAUCAACGGAGACGGUGCCAAUUUGAAUCCCGAAGCGGCGGCGGCAGCGGCCAAGCGUCGCAAGAUGCAAGAGGACAAGGAGGCCCGCGAACGAAGGGAGCAGGAAGAGAAGCCGAGCAAGUUUGUCAGUGAGACGCGCACGAUUCACGUCUCGUGCAAGGUUUCUUUCGUCGAUAUGGACGGGCUUGGAGAUGGGCGUGCGCUCAAGGAGCUCCUGCCCCGGCUCCAUCCUCGCCGGCUCGUUCUUGUUGGCGGCGACCAAAACGAGCGGCUAGAGAUGACCAAGUCGAUGCAGGGCAUGACCAAGGAUCUCUUUGCGCCGAUCCAGGGCGAACGCGUGCAGAUUGGAGAGUUCACGGCCAGCUUCACGGUGCAUCUGGGCGAGGGCCUCCUCGCUGGCCUCGACCUCAGCUCCUUCGACGACUACCAGAUCGCAAGACUCAAGGCGAGGGUGCGGUACGGGGUAGAGAGCAACGUGCCGACGCUCGAGCUGGACGCUUCGUCGAACUCGGCGGUCGAGACGGCGGAAAAUGAACAUGAGGAGGAAGCCUCGUCGUCUGCAAAUGGCGCCGAUGCGACGGGAUCCGAAGCGACAAAGACGCUCUUCAUUGGCGACUUGCGCCUGUCUUCUUUGAAGGCGGCCCUCGCCAGGACGCACCGAAUGCCGUCGGAGUUUGCAGGAGAGGGAACGCUCGUGUGUGGAGCCGACGCCUUUGGCGGCAGCAGCUCCAAGCAGGCCCAAGACAGCGGUGAAGGAGGGGCCGUUAGAGUACAAAAGAGUGGCGAGGGUCAAAUCAUUAUUGAAGGAAACGUCGGCAAGGGCUUCUACAAGGUCAGAAAUGCCGUCUACGACCUUCACGCCAAGGUCGACGGUUAG